AUGUGGAUCUACAAUGUCCAAACUGUUGUUUGCCUUGUUUCUCCAGAAGAGGCUGGAGGUUAUUUUGUGCCAAAAGAAGGAGAAACUUUCACGAGCUUUCAAAAGUAUCAGAUGAAAACUAUCGGAAUUUUCGAUGAAAAACAAGGCGUCACUGUUUAUCAAUGUGAAUUGAAAUCGUAUAAAGCUCCGAAGAAACUCAAUCGCCGAAUGAUUUAUAUAAUUUGCUGCGACACAUCUGUUGGAUCCAUUCGUUCUCCUCGUCAACAAACAGUUAUCAUGGAAUACAUGUGGGCUUUUGAAGAGGCAAAUGCAAUUGAAAAUGGAGUAGCAUUGGCAGAUGCAAAAACAACUGUUUUGGUUCAUGCAAUUGCUGGAACUCGUCGAUGUGCUUCAUUUGUUGCUACAUCAGUUAUGUGCAAACAGUUACUUGAAGCUGGAAAUUUUUCGGCAAUGGAAACAUGGUUUGAAAUGAGAAAGAGAAGAGCUCAUACAUGUACUCGUAAACAUGAUUUCUUUUCGUCAAUCUACACUUUUUUUGCAUUUUGUGUUCAAUGUAGUGCCGUCAGCGAGACUGAUGAGAAUUAUGUCAAAUCUAUGGAGGUAAGUGAUUUUUAUGGAAACCAUGUUAGUAUAUUAUUCAUUUUUCAUAUUGCGAAGACAAUCCUCGAAAAAAAGAAUCAAGAACAGAAAACUGCCUAG